GUAUGUUCAUGGGCCUUGUAACACAAUACGAAGCAACAUGAAAGUUGACUUUACAUUUCCUUCCUCAAGGUGCAUUUAACAAACGUUGUGCAAACACCGGGUGCUAGCUCAACACCCGCAUUCUAAAGUUAAUAGAAAAAAAAGUUUACGUUACACGUGCGUUAUGCAUUCCAAUUUUUCAGACCAUUAAAAUUGUGUGCCACAUUCUUCCGUUCGUCCUUUUGUGUAAAUGAUCGUGAUCUGUUUUUUUCUUCCUUUUCUCUUUAUAGUGUAGAUGUUAUAGAAAACUUCCAAGCAAUUGGUUGUGAAUAGCAUACUUACUAUCGUAUGAGUAUGCUUCAACAAUACAUAUGUACUCUGUAUUGUCACAAGGGAACGUUUCCGGCUCCACGGGUGCUCGUUUAAUAGAAGGAAGGAAAAGCUUCUGUAUAACUUUGAUAUUCCAAGGUUGACAAAAAAAUCCUUUCCCUACGAUUGUUUACCAGUUGCUUCAAGAUUGCUUCCAGUGUCAUAUAACUGGGCCGCAUACAUGGGAGAUGUACGAUUUUCGAGCUAGGAUGCACGAUGACAGCCAAAGAUUAAAAAAGCACAAUAGAAUAAUUGGAACAAAACUGUACGAUAAAAAAUUGAACAAAAGCUCUUAAAGAAUACUGGUUAUUUCCCAUUCAGCAAUUUCAAACUGGUCGAUUUAAUGAAACUUUUGAUGCACAAGAUAAUUAGUUUUGGAUUCUGACACAUGAUCAAUUUAUAUAGUUUUAAGCACGAUUAUCAAUGACUUUUUUUCAAUGCAAAUAUUAUUUGCACACUUGCUACUAACACACCAGUACGUCAAAGUAGAAAUGUUUAAGAACCGGAUUUUAGUACUUUAAUCAUUUUAGUACAAACCUCAGCUCAUGGAUCGUGCACAAACAGAUGUCAAAGUGUGAUGUGAUCGCGAGUACAUUCUUCAUUAUUGAAAACAAGAAGAAUUGACAUUCAAUUAAAUUAAUUUGCUAUUCCAACAUUGUCCUAUCUAAAUGUGAAUAAAACCGGUAAUGAAACUAGACUAGAACGCCAUGAGAAUACACAGUAUAACAACAUUGCAGCGAUGAUGAGAAAGACGGCGACCAAAACAAUGGAAUCAAUAUCCUUUUGUAUGUUACAAUGCUAUUAAAAUAAAAGUUUUAAAGUAUGUAUGUUUAUGAAUUGGAUCGCAAUUUGACACGGUCACAUUUGCCUUUGUUUGGUAGCUAAUGAUUUAAUGCAGGGAACCAUGGUGUAGUUACUUCACCCACAUCAAAUCUGUGACCACCGCACACAUCGUGAGAAUCUGAAAAUCGUCCACAACCAAUGCUUAAGAAAAGUUUGUCUUCCCCCUAGGAUGAUGGAAAGUGAUAAUUCCUAUUGUCCAUUUCGCUGGCAGUAAGCAUGCAAUGUGAAAAAUAUUUUGAAAUAAAUGCUUCCCUUUACACAAGGACAACUAUUAGGAUGUGUUGUUAUUUUAUACCGGUAGGACGUUAUAUGCUGGAUUAAUGCAAUUUUUAUAACUUUAUAAAAUGUAAUCUACAUUCCAUUGCUUUUGCAUUUCACGCUUCACAGUAACGCUAAAUAAUGAUAACGAUCUCCGAUCACCUCACAGUUCGUUCAAUGUAUGCUCUCUUGAAUGAUCAUGACUUGAUAAGAAGUUCAUUCACCUGCAGUAUUUUAAACUAAUGCGAUAGAGCUAUACGGUGAGAGAUUUCUAUGUGUAACUACAGUUGAACAGCAGAUUUCGAGUGGAACGUUUCAGUGGUGUGAAAUUAGGCAGAACAAGUGCUUCAAACAUGUUGAAAAGUGUACUAUACCUAACUUAUGUUCUUAUCUGGUUCAAUGCCAUCGGUUAUGGUGCGGAUAUCCGAAGAUCUUUUAACAUAAGCCAACUAAGUUCCUCGGACCCGGCACGAUACCAUGCUCUACGCUUGUUCAACAAUGAUCAUCCAAACCGUUUAAGGCCUGCAUUGAAAAAGUGUCCGAUCGCAAAUAUGCUAUUCCCGGUGAAGAUAUUUUCAACCGAAGAGCCGUACUUUUGUCCGGCAGUUUUUAUAAGCGCGGACUCACUGUUGGCUUCAGCACUGUGCCUCAAAAUGAUGCAACCAUCCGAUGAUCAUCCUUCGAGUCACAUGUUCGUGAUGGUAGAAGCAGAGCAUGUCUUCUAUUACGAAGGUGGUCGCCGGUACAUAAACAAAAUUUUCUAUCAUCCCAAACUGGACGAGGAGCCGGCGUAUCACAAUGUAGCCGUUGUCAAGCUGCGCAACCCAAUUCGCGAAACUGUAACACCAAACGGCCAAAGUAUAGUGGCCUGUUUGUGGUCCGAAAUGAGCCUUCGCAGUGACAAAGUGUAUCUGGGCGAGUGGUUUAAAUAUCAACCAGAACAAAAUGCUGCUUUCCGUUGGCUCGAUCUUCCAGUCAUGACGAGAAAGGAAUGCCGAGAGGAACUAUCGAAAAGUAAAGUGAUCAUACCAGAAUUCGAUCGUGGAAUAGUUGAAUCGCAACUAUGUGUGAAGGAUAAGAAAAAUCGAACCAUGAUCGAGUUUUGUGAAGUACGCUCUUCAGGACCAUUGUUCAUGACACUCGGUAGCACGGUGUACGUGGUCGGAAUGCCAACAGUACAUAUCGAUGACUGCAAUGUACAUAUUGAGGUGUUUAAUAGGGUGUCAUCGUUUCUGGACUGGAUUGAGGCUAUAGUGUGGCCUCAUGUGGAAAUUCCUUAAGUACAUGAUGCGAAAACAAUAAAGGCGAAGAAUAUAAAUAAGGUUAUCAUCAAAAUACUGAAUAAAUGUUAUUUAUUGGCUAGCGCUGGUUGGAUGGAUAAUAAAUUAUUUGUAUUGGUAUUUGUCAAAAGUUAA